UUCCGCCAGGUCAGUGACAACUGGAGAGCUUUCCUCUUUCUCUCUGUGAGCCUUCAGUUGACCAGCUGGUUGCUGGUCAUUUACUGGUACCGCUGCCGCUGGCGUCACCAUCCCAUCAGCAGGACACUUGUAGCUCACGCACAGCCUCCCUAUUCCAGCCCUGGUGACGUGGCAGCAAACAUCAACACAGAGUUCAGACGGAUAGAUAAAGUUGUGACAGGAGUGCCUGGAGCCCAAGUUAUUGUUACCGACAGCUGGAUACUGAAGGUGACCACAUAUCACAUCUAUAUGGCCUUACAAAGUGAUUGUCAUGUGACAGUGACAAAGUCCAGGCAGCAUCAGCUGAACCCAGAUUCUCAGUCCCCCAUAGAGAUCCUGACGCUGAGGGUGGAGAGCAUCAACCCUGCAGUCAGACCAUUCGAUAUCUGUCUCAACUCAACAGAUUAUGCAGAUUUCAGGCAGAAGCUCCAGUCUCCCAUCAGAACGUCUCCCAACGUUGUGAUCCACCAAACAUUCAGUGAGCUCUUUCUGGAAACCUUCAGAGCUCAGGUGGAGCUAAAUCAGCCAUACAUCCUCCCCAGCGGUCAGGAAGUAGAGCCCUGUAUCGGCUGCAUGCAAGUUCCAGCAAAUACCAAGUUGGUUAGACUCUGCCAAACAGCAGAAAUGGAAAACGAGUCGGAGUGCCAGCAGUGUUUUUGCAGGCCCAUGUGGUGCCUCUUUUGUUUGGGUCGAUGGUUUGCCAGCCGCCAGGACCAACAGAGACUGGAGACGUGGUUGUCCAGCAAGGUCCCCUGUCCUACAUGCAGAGCCAAAUUCUGCAUACUAGAUGUUUGCGUGGUCCGCUGACCAGACCCACAGACAAUGCUCUUUUAAGGACUUCUUCCUCUCAGAUCAAACCACAUCUGUUUUUUUUCUUUCAUCAAGAUAAAAGCCUGUAAAGCAGGGCUGAAUCGAAUGCUGGUUCCUUUAGAUAACUCAUGAACUAUGAAUGCAGUCUUCUGUCUUAAAUGAUCUAAAAGGCUGGAAAAGCAAACAAUACUAUUAUGUGUCAGCUGAGACAAUGUUGAUAAAUACGCCAAAAAUAAAGAAAAUUACAAAAAUCAAUCUAAAACCAAAAUGUCUUUUAAGCAUUGUAAUAUUUCAUUCCGAUUGCAGCAGUUUUUAUGAUUAUCAUAGAUGUUUCUAUGUUUUCUAAGGGCUUCUUAUAUUCUCUCUGUUUGCGUCUCUUUCCUUACCACACUACAGUUUGUGUUCUUUUAACCCGAGCAGCCAUGUCAGUUCUGUGAAAAACAUUAUGAAACAGGCGGAUCCAAUUUAAGAAUG